CCCAGUGACGUCAAUACAUUGAAAUUGCUGCUAUCCCUCUAGGGCGAAUUGAGGUGUGGUUCUUUGAUGUGAGUGAGUGAUAAAAACACAAACAUAGGUGAUCACAAAUAUAAGUACAGGUAACCUAAGUGCCAGCCAUGGCAGCAAUCAGAAAGAAACUUGUGAUAGUUGGUGAUGGUGCUUGUGGUAAAACAUGUCUACUCAUUGUGUUUAGUAAAGACCAGUUCCCUGAAGUUUAUGUGCCAACAGUUUUUGAAAACUAUGUAGCUGACAUAGAGGUUGAUGGCAAACAGGUUGAGUUGGCUUUGUGGGAUACAGCUGGACAGGAAGAUUAUGACCGUCUUAGACCAUUGUCUUAUCCAGACACAGAUGUUAUAUUAAUGUGUUUCUCAAUAGACAGUCCUGACAGCCUAGAGAACAUCCCAGAAAAAUGGACUCCAGAAGUGCGGCACUUUUGUCCUAGUGUACCCAUUAUUUUAGUGGGAAAUAAAAAAGAUCUUCGUCAUGAUCAAGUUACCAUUAGAGAGCUGCAUAAAAUGAAGCAGCAGCCAGUCAAAUUUGAGGAUGGCAAGAGUAUGGCAGAAAAUAUCAAUGCUUAUGCUUAUUUAGAAUGUUCAGCCAAAACAAAAGAAGGUGUUAGAGAUGUAUUUGAAACUGCUACAAGAGCAGCUUUAUCAAUUAAGAGGAAAGUUGAGCUGGCCUUGUGGGAUACCGCUGGUCAAGAAGAUUAUGACAGACUUCGACCAUUGUCAUAUCCUGAUACAGAUGUUAUCCUUAUGUGCUUCAGUAUAGACAGUCCUGAUAGUUUGGAAAAUAUCCCUGAGAAAUGGACUCCAGAGGUACGUCACUUUUGUCCAAAUGUUCCAAUCAUUCUUGUGGGUAAUAAAAAGGAUCUUCGAAAUGAUGAAAGCACUAAACGUGAGCUUAUGAAAAUGAAGCAAGAACCAGUUAGGCCUGAAGAAGGCAGGGCCAUGGCUGAGAAAAUCAGUGCCUAUUCAUACCUAGAGUGCUCUGCUAAAACCAAGGAGGGAGUACGAGAAGUUUUUGAAACUGCUACAAGGGCUGCUCUCCAAGUCAAAAAGAAGAAAAAAGGUGGAUGCAUUGUAUUGUGAAUGUGUGCUUUAUUUUCCAAUCUGGGGCUGGUGAGAAUGUUUUGUCUUCUUAAAUAUAGGCAAAGAUGCGUGCAACAAACUCUUCAUGGUUAUAGAAAUUGUACCUUAGUUCAUAUGCACAUUUUUCUUAUCUGUGAAAUAUGUAUUUUUAGGCUUUUCAUUUUUAUUUUAUUGAUUGGGGCAUUUAAAUACUCCCCCCCAUCAAAUGUAAAAUUAUUUCAUUCCUUAACAUACACUGGUCAUCCCUGAAAUUGUAGUACAGAGUUGUUAUAAAAGAAAUAAUGGUUUGCAGGCUUUUCAUUUAAACCAUUUACUUUGUCUCUCAUUACAUAAUAUACUCAUUUUUCUUUCUCUAGUUAAAAAGUUAUUGUACAUUUUACCAUUGCAUUGAAAGGGUCAUUUGCUCGCUUAAUGAGUUAAAUUUUAACAAAGAGCAGUGGGAGCAGUUACUAAUCAUAGCACCCCAAAUCUUGCUGAGCCUCCAGCACCCUGUACUCAUUUUGCUCGUCAUUGUUUCAGUCAUUUGAAAAGCAUUGAAACUAUUCAAUGGUGUGGGUGGCAUAGUAUUUCUUUAAUAAUAAAUUAUUAACAUGACAUGGAAAGUCAUUUCAUUCUUUGUGUAAUUGUAAGUUUACAUGAUAUGAUCGAAUGAUAUGCUAUAAAAUUGUGUUCUGUUUCUGUACUAAAUUUUAUUUCUUGCUGUAAUCUCCCUUAUUCAUUUUUCACUGUUUAAGUAAAAGGCUUAUGUAUCUCUCCAGCAUUAGUUAAUGAAAUUUAGAAAUUGAACUUUGAAAUGUGAAAACUGAGAGAUGUAGCAUUUUCUAUACUGAAUGGUGUGAUUUGUUUUAGUAUUGUACUAAUCUAUUUUAUAAAGACAUUUUUUUAUGUUUUAUUAAAAAAAACCUUUACUCAGUUUUGCUAAUAGCUUUGACUUGUGUACAUGGAAUAUUAGUCAGUGUAUGUGACAAAUGUGUGUCAAAGUACAGCCCAUAGAAUUAUCAAACUAAUAGUCAUGUACUUCUUUGAUAUAUUAUGAUUUGUUUUACACAUUUUGAAUUUAAUCUGGGUUUACUCCAACAUAAUAGUCAUUUUAAAUUAACUGUACUGUGGUUUUUGUUAAAAUGUUAUGAACUAAAAAUAUAUAUAAAGAACAAAAAUUUGAUAAUUAUUUUAUAACUUAACUUUUUAAAAAAUCCACAUUUUUUUCAACAUUAGCUGGUAGAUUAUAUCAGUCAUAUUCAUAUAGCAUUAUGCAAAUGUUGGAAACCUAUAGUUUAAAAAAAAGUUUUUAAAAAUGUAUCCUACCUGAACAGAUCUAUGUCCAAGCAUUCAGUUUUCGUUGCAUUUUCAGUAAGUUAAUAAUUGUCUUUUUCUUAGUAUAUGCACUGGUAUUAUCAUGUUCCAUUACUCUUUAAUAUUAGUCAUUUUAAUCUGACCAUUAAGGUAAUUAAAUAAUUGUGGACUGCAGGGUUAAAGACCAAAAGGUGUAUUUAAUAUUUGUAACACACUGCUAUGUGGUACCCUGAUUGGUUAAGUUAGUUAAUUAGCUUGCUUUAUGAAAGUAUUUUGAGCUGACAAAUUGGCUGCAACAUCAGAUGCAAGUUGCGCCAUAUGGAGCAUCUUAUAAUAGCAUGCUAGUCCAACAACUUAUUACCAGUGUCUGUAAGCCCAAUAAACUGAUUCUUCAUUCUGA